AUGGCCGCUACGUGGCGGAAGCUGAAGAAGUCUCUGAGUCACAAGCUCUCAUUAAACUCGUCCGAUUCAUCCAACUCGUCGUCUCGGCCGCCUCGUCCUCCUACCCCAGAAAUCUCGGCAACCGUCGGGCCCUCUCCCUCGUCUCUCUCCUCCUUCUCCUCCUCCUCCUCCUCCGCCAUCUCCAAGCUCUCUCGCAGCUUCAGCUCUCGCCUCUCCAAGAAAAAUUGCGCCAUUUGCCUGAGUAACGUGAGAGCAGGGCAAGGCCAAGCCAUCUUCACUGCUGAGUGCUCCCACUCUUUCCACUUCGUUUGUAUUGCCAACAAUGUCAAACAUGGAAACCUUUGCUGCCCAAUCUGCCGAUCCAAGUGGAAUGCUGUACCUUUCCAAGCUCCCACCACUGCUGCAGAUCCUCAACAAAAUAACUUGGGUCAGAUCCAUACCAAUGUCUACCAUCGUCACCAGUCUCACCUCCCAUUGCAGCCCCGGGUCCAUCCCGAGCCGCUUAGCUUCUCAGAUGAUGAACCUCUCCCAUCCACCUCACCUACCCGACUCUCUGGCCCCCAAACUGUAGCAAUCAAGAGUUAUACAGAGUACUCUGCUAUCUCUGUUGCAGAAUCUCGCCCUACAUUUCCUGUUCUUGUCAGCAUCCGAGCACCACCUCUUCAAGAUGCUAAUGACCAUGGCCGUACCCCCAUUGACCUUGUGACAGUUCUGGACGUAAGUGGCAGCAUGUUUGGCACAAAGCUUGCCCUUCUCAAGAGUGCUGUCAAAUUUGUCAUACAAAACUUGGGGCCUUAUGACCGACUUUCCAUAGUUUCGUUCUCAACUAUUCCUAAAAGGGUUUUUCCUCUGCGAAGAAUGACUGUUGAUGGGCGUGAAAGCGCCAUUUUAGCAGUCGAAUCUCUUAGAGCAAAUGGUGGAACUGACAUUGUGGGAGGACUCAAUAAAGGAGUUCAGGUCCUUGAAGAACGCCGUGAAAGGAAUCCGGUUUCUAGCAUCAUCCUCUUAUCUGAUGGCAGAGACAAUUGCAACUAUGGCUCACAGACUACUUCAAGUGCAAACCAGGUGUCUGAAUUUUUGAACCAAUUGCCAGCUUCGGUACGGUGUAGCAAUAUUCCAGUCCAUGCAUUUGGAUUUGGCACUGACCAUGAUGCCACUACUAUGCAUGCUAUUUCUGAUUCAUCUGGUGGCACCUUUUCCUUCAUUGAAUCAGUUGCUAUGAUACAGGAUGCCUUUGCUAUGUGCAUUGGUGGUCUUCUCAGUGUUGUGGCUCAAGAACUUCGACUCACGGUUAGGUCAGCAUCACAGGGAGUGCAGAUUGUGUCAAUACCAUCAGGGGGACAUAUGAGUGAGAUUUCUGAUGAGUCUCAACAAGGUGUUGUUGACGUUGGAAAUAUGUACGCAGAAGAGGAGAAACAAUUUCUGGUGUACCUUUCAGUUCCAAUAUCCACAGGAACUAGAAAUAGGGAAGGCGUGAAAAAGACACCACUGUUGGAUGUAUCAUGCUUGUACAAAGAUCUAGGCUCAAAUGAGUUAAUCCAGGUGGUAGGUGAGAGGGUAGAGAUACUGAGACCUAAAGCUUGGUCCUCUGCAGAUGAGGCAGUGUGUUUGGAGGUUGAUCGGCAGAGGAAUAGAAUUUUGGUAGCCGAAGGUAUCACAGAAGCACAAGUGAUGGCUGAAAUGGGAAAUCUAGAAGGUGCACAGGCCAUUUUGGCACAACGUAGAUCAACUCUCUUAACAACAGCAGCAGCACAAGCUGGGGAUGGCCUCUGUAAUUGGCUUGAAGCUGAGCUUAGAGAAAUCAGGGAUAGAAUGGCAAGUGUGGAAUCGUAUACACAGACCGGGCGCGCUUAUGUUCUUUCUGGGUUGAGCUCACAUUCAUGGCAGAGAGCCACAACUAGGGGUGACAUGACAACCCAGAUUCUCACAAUGAGCGAAGGUGGAACCUCACACACAAGCGUUGGCACAACCGUCGGCUAUGAAACACCGACGAUGGUUACCAUGGUAAGGAUGUCACAGAAUCUUGGGGUUAAUCCUGCAGCCUAA